AGCUGCUGUCAUGGCUCCCGAACCGCGUAUAUCUCAGUGCAAUAGUAAAAUCGACAGAAAAGAAAUGCGUUGUCCUUGUUCAUAACAGAAAAUGCAUUUUUGAAGAAUAAGUAUAGCUAUAAUACUUUAGCUUAGAACCGUUGCCUUUUAAAAAAUCCCUUCGUGCGAGCGAGCUAUGGAUGUGCAGGUUGCAAACCAUUGCAGCAUCAAGUCUGCAGCCAAACCGAGCAGUCCGCAGAAAGCAGCUGAAAGUGGGACAGAAACCGCACCAAAGAAAAAAUCGCGUACCAGAAGAGGCAAAAGAGGCAAGAGACGGAGGGGCAAGAAGGCCAACGAGCCCCCGCCAUUUCUCCCGCCGGAGGCUGAAGAGGGAAAUAUUGAAUACAAGUUGAAACUGGUUAAUCCCACGCAGUAUCGGUUCGAGCAUUUGGCCACACAGCUGAAGUGGCGUCUUCAGGAGGGCCGAGGAGAGGCUGUUUAUCAGAUUGGGGUGGAGGAUAAUGGUUUGCUUGUUGGACUUACUGAAGAAGAUAUGAAAGCUUCGCUAAAGACCCUUCGCAGAAUGGCAGAGAAGGUUGGAGCUGAUAUUACACUUCUCAGGGAGAGGGAGGUGGACUGCGACAGAGCCAGGAGAAAAAUCGCUGAAGUUCUUGUGCGGAAAGUUCCAGAUGACCAGCAGUUUCUGGAUCUUCGCGUGGCUGUUCUGGGUAAUGUGGACUCAGGAAAGUCGACUCUGCUGGGAGUUUUGACUCAAGGUGAGCUGGAUAACGGACGUGGCAGAGCAAGACUUAACCUCUUCAGACACUUGCAUGAGAUUCAGACCGGACGGACAUCCAGCAUCAGUUUCGAGAUCCUAGGCUUCAACAGCAAAGGAGAGGUUGUAAACUACAGCGACUCCCGAACAGCAGAGGAGAUCUGUGAAAGCUCUUCCAAGAUGAUCACUUUUAUUGAUUUGGCUGGUCACUAUAAGUACUUGAAGACCACCAUAUUUGGCCUGACGAGCUACUGCCCGGACUUUGCAAUGCUGGUGGUGGGAGCCAAUACUGGCAUUGCUGGCACAACUAGGGAGCACCUGGGUUUAGCGAUGGCACUAAAGGUGCCCAUUUUCAUUGUGGUGAGUAAAGUGGACCUCUGUGGUAAAAGCACAGUGGAGAAAACGGUUCGUCAGCUGGAGAGAGUCCUCAAACAGCCCGGCUGUAACAAGAUCCCCAUGGUGGUGGCAAACCCUGAUGACGCCGUCACCGCCGCACAGCAGUUUGCACAAUCCUCCAGCGUGACACCCAUCUUCACCCUCUCCAGCGUAUCAGGGGAGAAUCUGGACCUUUUGAAGGUCUUCUUCAACAUUCUUCCUCCAUUGAGCAACAGCAAGGAGCAAGAGGAGCUCAUGCAGCAGCUCACAGAGUUCCAGGUGGAUGAGAUUUACAGUGUUCCUGAUGUGGGGACAGUUGUUGGUGGAACUCUGUACAGUGGUGUGUGUCGUGAAGGAGAUCGGCUAGUUGUGGGUCCCACUGAUGAUGGGAAGUUUCUGCGGCUGAAGGUGUGCAGUAUUCACAGGAAUCGCUCCGGAUGCCGCGUCCUGAGGGCCGGACAGGCUGCCACGCUCGCACUUGGAAACUUUGAUCGCUCGCUACUCCGAAAGGGAAUGGUCAUGGUGAGUCCUAAAAUGAACCCUACAAUUUGCUGGCAGUUUGAGGCCGCCAUUGUCCUCCUGUUCCAUGCCAAGACUUUCCGCCGUGGUUUCCAGGUCACGGUGCACAUAGGAAAUGUCAGGCAGACCGCCACAGUGGAGUGCCUCCUUGGAAAGGAGGAGCUGCGGACUGGAGAGCGAGCCGUUGUGUGUUUCAGAUUCUUGAAGCACCCAGAGUAUUUGCGCGUGGGAGCCAAACUGCUCUUCAGAGAGGGGGUGACCAAAGGCAUCGGACACGUGACGCACCUUCUACCCUCCACCCAGAACCACGUGCCUGAUCAGAACCACAACCAGAACCACACUUAAACACGGUGGGAGUGACAUCACAAAUCGGAAGAAGACCCUUCCUGUUCUUGCCUUGAGUUUGCAUCCCCUGGUUUUAUUGUGCACUUUUCAUUUCCACUCAAGAGUGUAGAUUUGCUUAUAUUAAUUGCAAAUUUGCCUGUGCGUAAGUGCUCUCGGUUCCUGUGACAUUUGGAGGGUUGUGCUACAGUGAUUUACCGAUUAAUGUCUGCUGGGUGUAAUGAAGCUUGGAAACCUCUCCUGUUUUCGCACAUGUGCGUGCUUCCCAUUUUAAGACAAAGCCGGCUGACCUUCAGUGAAGCAUGUGGGAUUUUGGGUCGCUAAGUUGGGUAUCUGGAGCAAAUUUCUACAGCAGCAACUCCUGGCUGCAUUAGAGAUAUGCAAUUAUAUUAGCUGCAGUUCUUCUUCAGAUCUUCUCUAGUAUUUAAUAAAUUAUGUUAUCCCAGAAUAACUGGUGCACUUUAGAUGUUUCAUUUUGAGAAGGAUUUGCACAGUAAAAAUGUUAGUAUAGACCUUAAGCCCAAAGUACACUUUGUCUUUUUACUUGAUUGCUUUGCAUAGUGGUGUCUAUUCCUGUACCUGUAGGUCUAACAUCUUGCAAAGUUUAGCUUGCACCAGGUCCAACACACAGGACUAGAAAUUCUGAAAACCCAAUUAUUACGUAGCUCAAACCAGAUCCAACACACAGGACUAGAACGUUCUGAAGACCAGAUUACUCACCUAAACCGUAUCUGACACACAGGACUAGAACAUUCUGAAGACCUGAUUAGUAGCUUGAACUAAAUCUGACACACAGCACUAGAACGUUCUGAAGAUCCGAUUGGUAGCUUGAACCAGAUCUGACACACAGGACUAGAACUUUGAAGAUCCAAUUAUUAGCUUGAACCAGAUUCGACACACAGGACUAGAACGUUCUGAAGACCCGAUUAGUAGCUUGAACCAGACCUGACACACAGGACUAGAACGUUCUGAAGACCCGAUUGGUAGCUUAAACCAAAUCCGACACAGAGGACUAGAAUGUUCUGAAGACCAGAUUACUCACUUAAACCAGAUCCGACACACAGGACUAGAACGUUCUGAAGACCCGAUUAGUAGCUUGAACCAGAUCCGACACACAGCACUAGAACUUUCUGAAGAUCCGAUUGGUAGCUUAAACCAGAUCCUACACACAGUACUAUAACUUUCUGAAGACCCAAUUAUUAGCUUGAACCAGAUCCGACACACAAGACUAGAACGUUCUGAAGACCCGAUUGGUAGCUUAAACCAGAUCCAACACACAGGACUAGAACUUUCUGAACACCAGAUUACUCACUUAAACCAUAUCUGACACACAAGACUAGAACGUUCUGAAGACCCGAUUACUAGCUUGAAUCAGAUCUGGCAGAGGACUAGAAUGUUCUGAAGACCCAAUUAUUAGCUUGAACCAGAUGUGACACACAGGACUAGACUAUUCUGAAGACCUGAUUAUUAGCUUAAACCAGUUCCAGCACACAUGAUUAGAAUGUUCUGAAGAGCUGAUUACCUUGUUUAGAUGUUUUUUAAGGUAAGAGCUGAACUCUGCAGGUCACUGGGCCUCCAGGAGCAGGUUUGGACACCCCUGGUUUAGCAUAUGCAUAAAGUUGUGGCUUAUUGGUUAAAGAGUCGGAAAUGUAAAUCAAGGGACACAAGUUUUAUUCCAAGUACCAGCAGGAGUUGUAGGUGAGGAGGAGUGAUUAAAUGACACUUUGUUCUACCUUUAGUACCCACAUCUGAUAUGCCCUUGAGUAAGGGACUGAACCCCCGAUUGCUCCCCAGUUGCCUCAGCAAAUGGCUGGCAAAGUUUCAUCUUUGUCCUGGAUUUGUGCUAUUUCUUCCCAUAUGUAAUGUCCUGUAGAACUCUUAGUAUCGAGGGAGCUGGAUGCCCCUUUAUUGCUGUCCGAAUGCAUUCAACGACAUUUCAGUUUAUAACAAUGAACCCAUUUAAACUAUUUUGACUUUGCCUUUGGAAGUGGUUAAAAGUGGACAAGCUUAAAACAUAUUAGACCUGACUGACCCACUUGAGAUCAGAAUGAGAAAAAAAUUGGCUUCUGUGUGUACCCUGUUGGCUUGGUUUCGUCACUUUAGUUUUUGUUUUCAUGUUCUGAUUUUACAACCAAUCAGAGCGCUCACUUUCCCAGAUGACCGGUGCCAAUUCUACAUGAUGAAUCAGGCCAACUCGCUUCAACAUUAACCCGAUGAGAUGCGAUGUGUGGAACACACCAAACAAACUAGCCUAACACAUGUUCAACAAGUCCGACUGACGGCUUGGUGUGUCUCGGCCUUUAAAGAAAAAGUUCACCCAAAAAUUAUAAUUCAGAUACAGCCAAAACAUUUAGACACACCCAUCUUCACCCCGUCAGAGGCUAUUAAUCAGUAAUAUGCCGCAUUGUUAAAUAUUUUAUCUUUAAUUUCAUUUUAGACAACCAUCCAGGUUUAGUUCACGUUGUUUGGUUUUGUUUCAGUGCAUGUUUGUUGACAUGACAGAAUAUCGCCCCAUCUUUCUGACAUAAAAGGAGGUUUAGGAGCUUCUAGGGUUGUAGAAUCAGUCAGGCAUGACUGGGUUGUAGAGAUCUAGAUUAAAUUGUGCCUAAUCAUAUGUUUGUCUUCACUGAUAUCAAUCCAAAACAAUUGUGCAUAUUGCACACUUAUAUUUAAGCAAAUAUUAGCAAGGUUUAGGUCAUUUCAGAUGGCUUACAGGGUUAACUGAACAUUUAUGGCAGCUUUGUGUGAUCAGUAUUCGUCUUGGGCAUGCACAGGAACCCAGCUAAUGAUUGUGUUGUGUGUCUUGUUCACCCAUGUGCACUCCUGUUCAAGAUUUUGUGCAAUUUAAAAAAAAACAUUGAAUGUACUGAUCAUAGAUAUAAAUGUACCAUUUGAAGUUACUAAACUAAAUAUAGCUAGUUUUAUUUAGCUGCAUUGGGCAUCAUGCAUGAAACUGAAACAGAACACAUUUGCGAUCGUAAAUUGUCGGUACAACUGUUCUUGCACAGGUUUCCGCAUUCAUUUUUGUUUCAAGAAUAAUUUUAUGUACUUUUUUAGUACAUAUAAAACCAAACCGUGCUCUUUCUGAAAACAUACGGCUAUAUAUAUUUCUGGAGUGUGGCAAAUAUGUACCAAGGGGUACGUUUAUUUGCAGUUUUUGCGAAUCCACCAGAGGUAGCAUACAUGGCAAGCUAACUGGACAAAAUGGUAACGGGAAAGCCGUCCAUAUUUAGGUAAGUAGUCAGCUGGUGCAAACAGCAUCAUUCUGCCCUGUAGCAUUCGUUUUAAACACAAAAUGCAGCCUUAAGUACUUCUGGCUACAUAAUUCACGAUCUCCAGAAAUGUUUACAGGGCUAUGUUUUCAGAAUGAGCCUAUGUUGUACAAAGCAAAUAGUUCUGCUUGUGUUUUAUAAAUGAAGCCCAAUCUCUUUCAUAAAUUCAGCUUUUGGUCAACAGUGCAUGUUGUGCUUACGAAAAUAUUAAUUCACAUUGUUUGAAGUGCAGCUGGUUGGCUUAUAAUGUUUGGAAUGUAUCUUCAUUUGAUGUACUUUUAAAAAGAAAAGACUUCAAAAACCUGCAAACCUGACUAGUCUAUUGCUUCGCUAUUAGUUCCUAUACCAGUAUAAUAAAGAAUUACUGUUCUUGUG